AUGGCGUCAGUUGAUGAUAUCCUUGCGGGAAAAUAUCCUGCCAAAGCUCAUGCUCAGAAAGUUGUUGCGUUCCUCCGUCGGAAUGGAUUCGAAGGUGAUGGUGUCAUCUAUUUAGAGGCGCAAAAGACCCGUUUAAUUGAAGACAAUGACACUCCUGUCCCAUUCAGGCAGCGGCGACCGUUCUAUUACCUUUCAGGAUGCCUGCUUCCUGACUCCUACUUGACAUAUCACAUCAAUUCGGGUGAACUCACGCUCUUCAUACCGCCCAUUGACCCAGACUCAGUUAUUUGGUCUGGUUUACCCUUGUCUCCGGCCGAAGCCCAGGAGAUCUACGAUGUCGACCGUGUCCUGCUCACAACUGAAGUCAACCCGACGCUCGCCCACCUAGCGUCUCAAUGCAGCGGGAAAGCAGUCGUGUUUGCCAUUCCGGAACAGGUGUCGGAGGAGACAUCAUUUCUUCCAUUUGCCGAGACCAAUUUCUCCAUUCUUAAAAGAGCAAUUGAGGAGACACGGGUUGUUAAAGACGAAUAUGAAAUCGCGCUUAUUCGCAAGGCCAACGAUAUUUCUGCCCGGGCACACACGGCGGUGCUUAAAACAGCCAAAUCAGCUACAAACGAGCGAGAACUUAUGGCUGCGUUCAUCGGGACCUGCAUUGCAAAUGGCAGUCCCGAUCAAGCGUAUCCCCCCAUAGUCGCUAGCGGCACAAGUGGCGCAACCCUUCACUAUCAAAACAACAAUGAGCCUUUAAUUGACCCAACAACCAAGAAGAGGAAGCUUAACUUGCUCAUCGAUGCGGCUGCUGAGUAUCGAGCAUACUGCGCAGAUGUCACGCGGACGUUCCCAUUGUCCGGUAAAUUCUCACCGGAGUCUCGUGAGAUUUAUGAUAUCGUCCUACAAAUGCAGCAAGAAUCAUUGCAAAUGCUGAAGGAGGGAGUGCUGUGGGAAGAUGUUCACGUUCUCGCGCAUCGCAUUGCGAUUAAGGGCUUGCUCAAACUUGGAAUCUUACGAGGUACUGAAGAAGAGCUUUUCGAGAAAAGAAUUAGCGUGGCGUUCUUUCCGCAUGGCCUUGGACACUAUCUUGGACUGGAUACCCACGACACUGGGGGCAACCCGAACUACGAAGACAAGGAUACCAUGUUUCGGUACCUGCGUGUGAGGGGCCGACUACCGGCCGGAAGUGUCAUUACUGUCGAACCAGGUAUCUAUUUCUGUCGAUUCAUCAUCGAACCAUUCCUCAAGUCUCCUGAGCUUAGUAAGUAUAUCGACAGCGAUGUGCUGGAGAAGUAUUGGGAGGUGGGAGGCGUUCGUAUCGAGGAUAACGUACACAUCACCCGCGAUGGGUACGAGAAUCUGACAUCAGCACCAAAGAGUGCUGAGGAACUAGAGCAGUUGGUUACUGGUUGA